UUGUCCCGCUAAAGACGUACCAACGCUGAUCAGUUGCGCUUGGGACACUGAGCAGAGUGGACACGGAGUUAUCUGAGUCGAGUUUGUCGUUUGAUCGCGAGCGUUAUCCAGGAUACGAUCAGUGGGCUGCAAUUCGAACAAAGGAGCAUCAUGAAGCAUUUGUGGAUCGCGGUGAUCCUAAUCGCGACACAUAGUGCACUGACCGCGAACGGAUUUUUUCUACUGCUCAAAACGCUGGCCCAUGCUGGACGCUACAUUAACGAGCAUUAUCCAGAUGAGGGCAUUAACUACCGCCAGUCGGUGCCGGAGUAUGAUUUCAUAAUUGUUGGUGCCGGCGCAGCCGGAUGUGUGCUGGCCAACCGUCUGUCGGAAAACCCGCAGUGGAAGAUCUUGCUGCUAGAGGCAGGACCGGGCGAGAACGACCUGCAGAACAUUCCGCUGCUGACUACCUUUCUGCAAAACUCUCAAUACAAUUGGGCGGACAUUGCCGAGGCACAAAACAACUCCUGCUAUGGCAUGAUCGAUCAACGGUGCAGUCUGCCGCACGGCAAAGGUCUGGGAGGAUCGACCCUUAUCGACUACAUGCUGUACGGGCGCGGUAAUCCCGCCGAUUACGACCGGUGGGCCGCACAGGGCAACCCGGGCUGGUCACAUGCCGAUCUCUUCCCGUACUUUCUCAAAUCCGAACGAGCGGAGCUGCGAGGUUUGGAAAAUUCCUCCUACCACGGUAAGAGCGGUGAGCUGCACGUCGAGUUUCCAACGUUCCGCACCAAUCUGGCGCGCACCUUCGUGAACGGGGCCCGAGAAGCCGGCCACCGCAAGCUCGACUACAACGGCAAAUCGCAGCUCGGCGUCUCGUACGUCCAGACGACGGGGCUGCGCGGCAUGCGCCAAACCGCGUACCGUGCGUUCGUUGAACCGGUGCUCUACAAACGGCCCAACCUGCACGUCCAGCCCUACAGCCAGGUGCUGAAGGUACUGAUCAACCCCGACACACAGACGGCCUACGGUGUGACGUACACGCGACACUUCCGCAACUACGAAGUGCGCGCACGCAAGGAGGUGAUCGUAACGGCGGGCAACAUCAACACCGCCCAGCUGCUGCUGCUGUCCGGCAUCGGACCGAGGGAGCAUCUGCAAAACUUUAACCUGCCGCUCGUAAGCAAUCUCCCGGUGGGUCAAUCGUUCGUCGACAGUCCCGUUUUCAACGGGUUGACGUUCGUGCUGAACGAAACCGGGCAAGCGCUGCUGACGGACAGCCGCUUCCAGCUGCGUUCGCUCGGUGAUUACUUCCGGGGCGAGGGCCCCCUGACCGUCCCUGGCGGUGUGGAGGCCAUCAGUUUCGUGCGCACCGAGAACGCUACCACCGAACCGGGCGUGCCGAAUAUCGCGAUCGUUUUCUCCACCGGUUCGCUCGUCUCCGACGGCGGGCUGGGUUUGCGCAAGGGCAAACGCAUCAAGACGGCCAUCUACAACAAGGUGUACCGCCCGCUGGAAACGCUGCGCAACGAUCAGUGGACGGCUAGCGUGGUGCUGUUGCAUCCGGAAUCGCGCGGACACCUGAAGCUGCGCAGCAUCAAUCCGUACAGUGCGCUCAAGAUCUAUCCCGGCUACUUCGGCGCGGAUCGGGAUGUGGAGACGAUGCUGGAAGGCAUCAAGGAGGCGGUACGCAUCUCGAAGUCACCCGCCAUGCGGCGGUACGAUGCGCGCGUCCUGGGCAUCCCGCUGCCGAACUGUGAGCAAUGGGACCAGCGGGAGGACGACUACUGGCGCUGCGCGAUACGGACGCUGUCCAGCACGGCCUACCAGCAGCUGGGCAGCUGCCGCAUGGGACCGGCCGGCGAUCCGCUGGCGGUCGUAGCGCCCGAUCUUCGCGUGCACGGCGUGCAGGGUUUGCGCGUGGCGGAUGUGAGCGUGGUGCCGACCACUAUUUCGGCGCAGUCGGCCGCAAUCGACUACAUGAUUGGCGAACGGGCCGCAGACAUCAUUAAGGACCAGUGGGAGCAAGGGUCCAGUGCGCCCACCUCGUCAAGCGACCGCUAGUGAUACAUUAGGAUAAGACACUGCUCAAUAAAUGCCGCUAUUUAUUUGUAAACAA